CAACACUUCAAAAAAGGUCUUGUUUGCAGACUUUGUCUUGGAGCUGAGAGGGGAGAGACAUACACUGGUGGCUUAAUGGUGCUCAGAAGACCUUAACCUUUUUUUACACCUCAACAAGAAGGACAAAUACAUGUCUAACAGCUAGACAUGAUGAUAUUGAUACAGAGAAGGACCUUGAAAGCAAUCACGCUAUUAAUAGGGCUGGUUAUAGCAGUAAAAGCUCAAGAUGAAGAAAGUGGAGAAGUAGAAGAAAUUGCAUGCAGGCAAGGUGAUAAAAUCUACAUGAACCGAGAUGUUUGGAAACCCACGGCGUGCCAGAUCUGUGUGUGUGAUAAUGGUGCCAUCCUUUGUGAUGAAAUUUCCUGUGUUGAUGUCUUAAACUGUGACAAUCCUGUGGUUCCUGAGGGAGAAUGUUGUCCUGUCUGCUCAAGUGGGAGUCGACCAAAUAAUCCAAGGGUGGGGAGGGGUAGAAAGGGUCAAAAAGGAGAACCUGGAGAUGUCCCUGUUGUGUCUGGAAUUCGUGGCCGUCCAGGACCUGCUGGUCCACCAGGCUCACAAGGACCAAGAGGAGAUAGAGGUCCAAAGGGAAAGCCUGGUUAUCGAGGUCCAGCAGGAGUUGAUGGUGAACCUGGUAUCCCUGGACAGCCUGGAGAACCUGGGCCACCUGGACAUCCAUCUGUCCCUGGUCAACCAUUUUCAUCUCACAUGCAAGGAGGUUUUGAUGAGAAAUCUGGACUUGGAUCACAAAUUGGAAUGAUGCCCGGUUCAGUGGGUCAAAUAGGACCAAGAGGACCUCAAGGUAUUCCUGGCAACCCGGGUGGCGUGGGUCCCACAGGCCCUCCAGGAGAACCAGGUGAACCAGGUCCCAUGGGUGCAUUUGGUCCUCGAGGUCCUGAAGGGCCACCAGGAAAACCAGGGGAAGACGGUGAAGCAGGAAGAGCUGGUCAACCAGGUGAAACAGGAUUCCCCGGAUCUGUAGGAGCUAGAGGAUUCCCUGGAGCGCCUGGAAUGCCAGGUCUUAAAGGACAUAGAGGUCACAAAGGUUUAGAGGGCCCAAAAGGAGAACUUGGAGCAGCUGGUUCAAAGGGAGAAUCUGGUCCUACAGGUCCAAUGGGUUUAUCUGGCCCUUCUGGACCCAGAGGAAUGCCUGGAGAGAGGGGAAGAAUUGGACCCCAGGGAACACCUGGCCAACGUGGUGCAAAUGGACUUGUCGGACUGGCUGGACCAAUAGGUCCUAUUGGCUUAAGUGGUUCCCCUGGUUUUCCUGGUUCUCCUGGCAUGAAGGGUGAAGCCGGCCCCACAGGUGCACGUGGACCUGAAGGUCCUCAAGGACCAAGAGGAGACACUGGAUCGCAAGGACCUGCUGGAUCACAAGGUCUUCAGGGUGCGGCAGGGACAGAUGGAUCUGGUGGUGCUAAAGGACCAACUGGGGUACCAGGUAUUGCAGGAGCACCUGGACUUUCAGGACCACCAGGAUCUCCUGGACCUCAAGGAAGUACUGGACUAACGGGUAUCAGAGGAUCAGCGGGUGAUCCCGGAGUUCCUGGAUUCAAAGGAGAAGCUGGUCCCAAAGGAGAACCUGGUCCUCAUGGUCCUCAAGGCGCAAUUGGUCCACUUGGUGAAGAGGGAAAAAGAGGACCGCGAGGAGACCCUGGAUCAGUAGGUCCUCCUGGACAAGUUGGAGAAAGGGGUGUUCCUGGCAAUCGUGGUUUUCCUGGAUCUGAUGGUUUACCAGGAUCAAAGGGAUCUCAAGGUGAACGAGGUGUUGCAGGGACUUCGGGUCCUAAAGGAGCUAAUGGUGAUCCUGGACGUCUUGGGGAACCUGGUCUUCCAGGUGCCAGAGGUUUGACUGGGAAUCCUGGAGUUCAGGGGCCAGAAGGAAAACCAGGACCUUUAGGUGCUCCAGGAGAAGAUGGUCGUACAGGGCCUCCUGGUCCAAUUGGAAUACGUGGUGAAACUGGUACCAUGGGCCCAGCUGGUCCAAAAGGCAACAGUGGAGACCCUGGAAAACCAGGCGAACAAGGCAAUAAUGGUGUGCCAGGACAAAGAGGAGCUCCUGGUAAAGAUGGUGAAGUUGGCCCUGCUGGUCCUGUUGGUCCUCUUGGUCCUGCAGGAGAGAGAGGAGAACAAGGCCCUCCUGGUCCAACUGGAUUUCAGGGUUUACCAGGUCCACCUGGUCCUCCUGGAGAGACUGGAAAGCCUGGAGAUGAAGGUGUUCCCGGAGAUUCUGGAGCUGCAGGCCCACUUGGUCCUAGAGGAGAACGUGGUAAUCCAGGUGAAAGAGGAGAGCCAGGAGCAUCAGGUUUACAGGGUGAAAAGGGUACGGCUGGAGGACAUGGUCCUGAUGGCCCUAAGGGUAGCCCUGGUCCAUCUGGCACUCCUGGUGAUGCAGGACCCCCAGGUCUACAAGGUAUGCCUGGAGAACGAGGAAUCGCAGGAACACCUGGUCCUAAAGGUGAUAGGGGAGGCAUGGGAGAAAAAGGUUCUGAAGGUACACCUGGUAAUGACGGCGCCAGAGGUCUUCCGGGUCCUCUGGGUCCUACUGGCUCUGCAGGUCCAGCUGGUGAAAAGGGUGAACCUGGCCCACGGGGUGUAAUGGGACCAGUUGGAGCACGAGGAACCCCUGGCUCCCGAGGUGAAAAUGGUCCAACUGGCUCUGUUGGCUUUGCUGGUCCUCCAGGGCCUGAUGGACAGCCAGGUGUGAAAGGAGAACCAGGAGAAUCCGGUCAGAAAGGUGAUGCUGGGUCACCAGGUCCACAAGGUCUUUCUGGCUCACCCGGCUCACCUGGGCCAAUUGGCGUUACUGGUCUGAAAGGUGGAAGAGGAACUCAAGGUCCUCCAGGUGCCACAGGAUUCCCUGGGUCUGCCGGCAGAGUUGGUCCUCCUGGGUCUGCUGGAGCCAUGGGCCCAGCUGGUCCUGUUGGAGAACCUGGAAAGGAAGGUCCCCCUGGACUUCGUGGUGACCCUGGAACACCUGGGCGUAUGGGAGAUCGAGGUCCUGCUGGUACUUCUGGAAGUUCUGGUGAUAAAGGUGACGCUGGAGAUGAUGGUCAACCAGGUCCUGAUGGUCCACCAGGCCCAUCUGGAACAACUGGCCAAAGAGGUAUUGUCGGUAUGCCUGGUCAAAGAGGAGAAAGAGGCAUGCCAGGACUUCCUGGGCCAGCAGGCUCUCCUGGAAAACAAGGUCCUACUGGUUCCACUGGAGACAAAGGACCAUCAGGUCCUAUUGGCAUGCCUGGAUCUACUGGUCCUGUUGGAGAACCUGGUGCAGAAGGUCCUCAUGGCAAUGAUGGUGCACCAGGAAGAGAUGGAGCUCUUGGAAAACGCGGUGAUCGAGGUGACCCUGGACCUGAGGGCCUUGCAGGAGCUCAAGGUGGUCCAGGAACCCCUGGGCCAGUCGGCCCAUCAGGUGAAGCUGGGCCAAGAGGUGAACCAGGUUCCCGAGGACCCAUGGGUCCACCUGGCAGAGCUGGAAAACGUGGAUUUCCUGGACCUCAAGGCCCACAAGGUGAUAAAGGUGAUAAUGGUGAACGAGGUGAAAGAGGACAGAAGGGUCAUAGAGGAUUUACUGGUUUGCAGGGUCUGCCAGGUCCACCAGGCCCAGUGGGUGAACAAGGCAGUACUGGACUUCCUGGACCUUUUGGACCCAGAGGCCCUCCUGGUCCAGUUGGGCCUCCAGGCAAAGAAGGUAAUUCAGGGCCUGCUGGGCCCAUUGGACCACCUGGUGUUCGAGGAACUGUUGGAGAAGCUGGACCAGAGGGUCCCCCGGGUGAUUCAGGUCCUCCAGGCCCACCAGGUCCACCUGGUCUUCUCACUGCUGCCAUUGAAGAUUUACUUGGAGGCUAUGAGGAUACCAUGCCAGAGCCACUUCCAGAGUUUACUGAUGAUGAAGCUGCAGGGGAUGGAAAUAAAACUGACCCAGGUGUCCAAGCCACCUUGAAAUCUCUAAGCAGCCAGAUUGAAACUAUGCGACGACCUGAUGGCUCCAAGAAGAACCCAGCACGAACCUGUGAUGAUCUUAGACAAUGUCACCCAUCCAAAAAAAGCGGAGAAUAUUGGGUUGACCCUAACCAAGGCUGCGCAGAAGAUGCCAUACAGGUUUACUGUAAUAUGGAAACUGGAGAAACCUGUAUAUCUGCUAAUCCUUCCAAGGUACCACGCAAAACGUGGUGGACUGGUAAAGGAGCUGAUAACUUCAAACCAGUAUGGUACGGUGUUGAUAUGAACAAAGGGGCCCAAUUUGUUUAUGGAGAAACUGACUCCCCAAAUACAGCUGUUACUCAGAUGACUUUCCUGCGUCUUCUAUCCAAGGAAGCUUCACAAAAUAUUACCUACCAUUGUAAAAACGCAAUUGGCUAUUUAGAUGAGAAAGCUCAAAACCUGAAAAAAGCUGUUAUUCUCAAAGGAUCUAAUGAUCUAGAUAUUAGAGCAGAAGGAAAUAGCCGAUUCAGAUAUACAGUUCUUGAAGACUCAUGCUCGAAACGCAGUGGAACCGGCAAGACUGUCUUUGAAUACAGGACACAGAAAGUAGCACGUUUACCCAUUAUCGAUAUUGCCCCUGUGGACGUUGGCAGUGUAGACCAAGAGUUUGGAGUUGACAUUGGGCCAGUUUGCUUUUUGUAAUCCAUCAUUGAGAUGACUUAAGAACUUAAACUGACUGAAGUUAAUCCUGAGACUCUUGAAAACUUAUAGCUGGCAAUGCACCAGCACUGUACAUACAGUUUUCCAAUAUUUUCCAUUUUUGUUCAAAUUUUUUUCAUUGCCUGGCCUUUUCCAAAGUAUUUAUUUACAUUGAGUUUUAUUUUUUUUAAGCAAUGUUAAGACAAGCAGUGAUACCCUUAAAUGGACCAACAAUGUAAUUUUAACCUUCUUCUAUAUCUGCACAGUUUUGCCCUUUGUAUCAGUGUAGACCAGUGCCUCAUCUGGAUUGUAUAGUGAAAUGAUUCUAUACACCUUUGUGCAUCCAUAUUUUUUUUAGAUGUACUCAAGUAAAAGCACAUUGGUUAUUACAUAUGUAUUACUUGUAUAUUCGAAGCUACAAGCAAUUGGUAAAACCUUACUUUGCAACAUUUAUGGGUAAUUCGUCAAGCCUUACAGUUUACCAAAGAUUAUACUGAUUUAACCUUGUAAUAUUUUCUAAAAAAUACUAAGCUUUUAAAACAAUUAUUUAAAUCCUGGUGAAGCUUUAAGAACUAUGUUGACCUUUUGAUUAUUAUAGAAUACUGAACAUUUCUAUUAAUCACGUAUUAGAUUUUAAAGCUUACAGCCUAAACCCAAAGACAGACUUACAGUGUAAGCCGUAGUUUGGUAUAUCCAUAGUAGUGUGUUAGAAAUAUAGUUUAGGAAGCCUAUGGAAAAAUGAAUUUGUACACCUUGUAGAAAAAACCCAAAACACAGUCAAGUCCUUAGUCCUAGACAAACUACUUUUGAAUCAACUAAAUAAUCAGAAAACCUAUAUCUAAAUAAGUUUGGAAUGUUUUCAUCCCACUUAGUAUUUAUGAAACUUGAUGAAUUUCUUAUCCAGUUCGUUAAUUGCUAAAUGAAAUACUAUCUACUUUGGGGUUCAUUCAUCCUGAAAUGGCAUUGGUACGACAUCUUGAGCGUAAAACAGAAGCAAAUUUACAAAAAUAUUUAUUUUCAUUCUUCUUACAUGAUUUAUCUCCAUUGUUUUACAUGUCUCAUAAAGUAUACCUGUCCGCAUUGCUCUUCAAAGUAACGUUAAUGUCAGUGCUGAAAGGAUACAUUUUUAGUUAAAAAACAAAACCCUUUUAUGUACAGUAUAUGAACACAGUAUCUACAUCGUUUUAAUCACACGAUAUCAGGUGCAAAAGGACCCAACUUUUCUUAGCAUAUAAGCUACCUCAUCUCUUGCUGGGAUGCAUAUAAAUAUAUAGUUUUAUUUCCUGUUAGAUAUGAAAAGGUGCUAUGCUUUUGUUGUUAUUUAGAGAAUAGGGUGAGGCAGUGUACAUGUUUGAUGGUGCUAAAAAUUCCUUUUGUGAAAUCCUGAAUAAAUAAAAAUUUACAGAUGCCCCUAAAUUAUAUGAUUUUUAAGAGUUUAGCACAAUUGUGCUUCAACAUCUGAAAAACAAAAUAUACAUUGCAUUUUUCCAAUUGGUCAUAAAAAUGUGUCUUUUUUUUUUAAAUGGGCGUAAUAUAUAUAUGUAGAAUUUGC